AUGGAAGGCAUCAGAGAAAAAUUGGACGAGGCAGAUGACAUCGCCGAGGUUAUCGAUUUAAUGCAGAAUUUGAGCAUUCCAACUAAAGGAUGCAAAAACAUCGAAGACAUGAAGGGAAAGAUUCUCGAUCAUCUAAGCUCUCGAAAAGAUAACCGCUUGGCCUGCAACGAGGCAUUUAAGGUGAUUUCAGAUGCACAAUCAAUGGACAAAGAAAAGUCAUUUGCCUUUCUUGAUUAUUACGCUAAGGUAGAGAGGGAAAUACAGAGUCUUGACGCCACCUUCCUUGAUUUGCUGAAAAAAAGCGAGGGCGACGUCCUUUCUAAGAUCAAGACAAGAAUAAAAAGAAUGCAAGACAGAGAUUAUGUUCUUCUCGUGGCAGGGGAGACCAGUGCAGGCAAAAGCAGCAUGUUGAACCUAAUUCUUGGUGAGGAGCUUUUGCCAUUUUCUGUUUUGAGUACAACAUCUACAAUUUGUGAAUUGAAAUAUGGAGGAGAGAAAAGGAUAAAGAUACACUAUAAAGAAGAAGGAAAGGCUCCGGAGAUCACGCAUCUCAACGAAUCCUCGCCCUACAUAGAUCAAAUAUCAGAAUUUGUUCAUGUCAAGUCUGCAAGUUUGAGAGAAAAGGCAUCAAGCUACAAAAAGGUGGAACUGUUUUGGCCUCACAGGUUAUUACAGGACGGUGUUGGGAUCGUUGACAGCCCUGGCAUCGGGGAGUCGAAGAUAAUGGAUGAAAUUGCUUUAAACUACUUGCCAAAUGCCUUUGCUUUCAUCCAUGUCAUCAACAGCAGCAAUGCUGGAGGAGCUUGUUUCAUCAUUUGUUGGCUUGUUCGACUUCUGCAUAAAACGAGGAAACUCACGACCGAAGAGCAAAUGGAAUUCUCACCAAACUGCACUUUUUUUGUUUGCAACAAGUGGGACACCAUACCAACCCCACGGGGAAAAGUGGUCAUGGAACACAUUACCAAGAAGUUGAGACAGUGUUUGCCAGAUCUAGACACAAAUACUCAAACUAUCCGCCUUUCAACUUCUAAAGCUCUUGCAGCCCAGAAGUAUGGAGUCAUGAAUUCAGAAUUUGCCUCACUUUCAGACAAGAUUGGCUUUCUGGUGUCGAAAAGCAUCGAAACAAGACUUGAACAACAUUGGAGGUAG